CGGAAGCAGCCGGCCGGGCGGGUGCUGAGGAGAACAGGACGGGUCCGUGCCUGGCCGCCAUGCCCAGCCCCCGGAGCAGCCCGUCCCGCCGCGCCGCGCCCAUCCCCAGCCCGUCCCGCCGCGCCGCCCCGGUCCCCAGCCCGUCCUGCGCGGCCGUGGCGCUGCGCUCCCUGCUGGCCGCCGACCUGCGGGUCUCCCGGCGGCUGGGCGUGUGCGCCGGGGAGCGCUCGGCCUGGGGCAGCGCCAGGCCCCUCCUGCGGCUCCUCGAGGUGUCCGGCCACGGCGUGCCCUGGCUGGCGGGCACCCUGUAUGGGCUGGGCCGCAGCGAGAGCCCGGCGGGCCGCGAGGUGCUGCUCAACCUGCUCUUCGCUUUGGUGCUGGAUUUAGUCCUGGUGGCGGUGGUGAAAGGGCUCGUGAGGAGAAGACGUCCCACUCACAACAAGAUGGACAUGUUUGUCACUAUCUCUGUGGACAAAUAUUCCUUCCCAUCAGGCCAUGCUACCAGAGCUGCCAUGGUGUGCAGAUUUGUUCUGCACCACCUGGUGCUUGCCAUUCCUCUGCGGGUCCUGGUGAUUCUAUGGGCCAUCAUUGUGGGCAUUUCCAGAGUCAUGCUGGGCAGACACAACGUGACAGACGUGGCCUUUGGCUUCAUCAUGGGCUACAUGCAGUACAAUGUGGUAAAAUACUUCUGGCUGUCGCCCCUUAGCGCACCUGCUCUCUUUGCAGCAUGGAAUCAGUGAUGGCCAUAAUGAAAAGAAAGAGGCACACAUUGCAGUGUCUUAUGCCGCUCAGAGAGCGUGAACCGGGACUGGAUGAAAGAAUCGUCGUAAGCCUCAUCUGACAAGCAAGAUUGACAAUAUCAACAACAUCAUGCUUCAUUCUGCAGGAUAUGUGGACUCAGGCUGGGACAAAAUGAGAUCUGUUGGAAAGCUAUCCUUGGUGCCAUCUUGCUCUCAAUGUGCUGGUGGGUCAAAGCAUGUACCAGCCCAUACGGUUGCACUGACCAUCCCAGGAUAUGAUCACUCCACAUCUCCAGGUGCUGUAGAAGUCGGACGGAGAGCUGCCCACUAGCCAAGCAGCUAAUUCUUAUUUUUUUGGUAUUUAAGAACAUGCAUCAGUAAGAUUUGUGGUUAGUAGAAAUAUCGUAAAUGAGCACACAGCAGAGGAUGCCUAUAGUAUAGCUGGCUUACUAUCUCAUAUAGCAGAGGUGAGCAAACUACGGCCCGCGGGACCGUCCUGCCUGGCCCUUGAGCUCCUGGCUGAGGAGGCUAGCUCCCGGACCCUCUCCCGCUGUCCCCCCUUCCCCCGCAGCCUCACUGCGCCCUGCCGCCAGCGCUCUGAGCGGUGGGGCUGGCUCUGGCCGGAAGCUCCUGCCGCUCUGAGUGGCAUGGUAAGGGGCGGGGAGCAGGGGGCGGUUGGAUGGGUCGGGGGUUCUGAGGGGGGCAGUCGGGGGUGAGAAGUGGGAGGGGGUGGAUAGGGGGCAGGGGCCAGGCUUUUUGGUGACGCACAGUCUUCCCUACCCGGCCCUCCAUACAGUUUCGCAACCCCAAUGUGGCCCUUGGGCCAAAAAGUUUGCCCACCCCUGUCAUAUAGCAUAAAUAGUAGAUGUGACUUCUUAUAAAUAUUGUUAGUUACUUCUUGAAAAUGGUCCCUCUGUGCUGUAAAUGUACUAAUUGGUGCUGUUGUGGCUGAUUAAUAGUGGAUGUGCCCCCAGUGGCUUUAGUACAUUAUUCUGACUCGACCCAUUUGUGGGGUGGGUGCACUUCCUCCACUGCCUCUUCUAUAACGUUGAGAUUACCAAGGUUUUGUAAAUCAAUUCUUUCGCCUUCUGAAUCAGCCUGCCCCCUCGCUUGCCAGCCACAUUCCAGUUACAGAGCCUCACUUUGUCAAGUGGGUGGCUGGUUGGAAAGGUGAAGGCAUCUGGUUUUGAAUCUCUUGGGAACUGGCAAUUAUGGGAGUGGAAAUGCACAAAUACGGUUUUAAUAAAGUGUGGAAUGAGAACUCUGGGGUGUCUGUACCAGCUCUCCUUUAGGCAGGGUGCGGUUUGUCACUGCAAACAGGAAAAGGCUCUCUAGCAGUUGGGUAAGCAGAGCUCCCUUUCAUGUAUUCUUCUGUCAUCAGAGAAGGGCGUUCGAGCAAAGUUACUCCCUCUUACACCUCAGUUGAAAGGCAGACAAUAUGCAAACAGUUAAUGCCACAUGAGGACACGUGGUGUAGACUGUUUAGGUCUUUAAAAAUAAAUAAGCUCCACUGAGAUCCUGAUCUCAGGUAUGUAGGCCCCAAUUCAGCAAGAGGCUGACUAGUCCCAUUGAUUUCCAUGGGAUUAUUCAUGUUCUAAAAUUUCGAUAUAUUGGUUAUAGCACUGCUGUCCACCACAGGAAAAAAAAGAAACAAUCAAAAUAACAGUGGAAGUGAUGUGUGCCAAACUAUAUUUUGUUGUUUUUCCUCUAUUCUAUGAAGCUGAUUGUAUCUAAGCAAAAUCAGUUCUACAAUAAAUGGAGCUCUACACUUGGUGAGACAAAUAGGAAAGAAUACAAAUGUUGUCAUGUAGAGUGAUGAUGAAAAGGAAAUUAACAAAGUAGCCAAAGAGGCAGAAAAUAAAUUCUUUAGCUAGAGCACUGGUGGGAAGUUCUUCUGGGUCUGAUAGGCCUCCAACAAGGAAAAGCUAUGCAAAUAGUUUCUUUGCAUAGUCAGUGAGGAGGAAAUACCCACUAGAUAGUUAUUCUUUUGGGGUUGUGGAGGGAAGGCACAGUGUCUGAAUUGAAAAAAGAGAUUGCAGAACUUCUUGAGAAAUUAAAUUCCCAGGGGCAUAUUGUAUUCAUGCAAAAGGUCUGGUGGAAAGAAAAAACUAAGGUCACUU